CCUGUAGAAUGCACCUAAUGUAGCACCUACCGCAAAUCUCAGCUAAAUGCAAUUGAUUUAGCCCGUAAGGUUGCAGUAAUGCAGAGCACUGCACGCCGUAAACACGUACACAUAAUCUAUUGGCGAUGGCUCAGUUGGAAUCUUUCGUAUUCUUUGAUUUGGAAACCACGGGUUUACCAGGGCUGCAGAUGCCCAAAAUCACCGAGAUCUCGCUGAUAGCCUGUUCCAAGAAACAUCUAUUGAACACGAAACGAGGGGAGCUCCCCCGGAUACUGAAUAAGCAAACAUUUUGCCUCAACCCUCAGCGAGUGAUUCAUCCAAAGGCGUCGGAAACUACAGGGCUAUAUAAUGAUAUGUUGGAAAAUGAAAGCAGAUUUGAUGAAAAUACAGCCAAGUUGAUUGCAUUAUUUUUGCAACGUCUCCAAUCCCCGACAUGUCUGGUAGCACACAAUGGAAACCGGUUCGAUUUCGUGAUACUAAAAAAGGAGUUGGAAGCUCUGAAGGCACAGCUACCAGACAACACGUACUGCAUCGAUUCGCUGCCCCUGUUUCAAGCCUUGGAGCAGGAAAGAGAACGGAAGGCAAAGGCGGUUCAGGAAAAUGCGGAUAACGAACUGGCUGAUCUCGAACUGACUGCCAUUACGGCCAUGGAGGAACUGGAGGGCAGUUCAAGCACAUUGUCACAGAUGCAAAAACUCAAUGAAACCACACCACAAAGGAGCAAAAUAACCGAGAACUACAAAAAAGUCUUAAGGUCAUACCUGGAUGUGACUCCCUCCACGCAGAGCCAAUCGAGUGAAACGACUCGACAGCGAAAGAGUCCAUCCCGAUCGAAGCGCCAACUGUUUACCACUGAAGGAGAAAGUUCAAAUUCAGCGUCACCUCCGUCAACCCCGGUGCCAACAACGCAAUUAUCACCCGGCCUGUCGGUUAAGAAAAGGUUCCGACUGUGCGACGUCCACGAGCGUUUACUUGGUGUACCACCCAAAAUUUCCCAUUACGCAGAAUGUGACGUGGAAGCUCUGCUCAAAUGUGCAAUUGCUGAGGGAUCCGCCUUUGUGGCGUACGCUGAGGAGCAUGGUGCAAAAUUUCAAGACUUUUCAGGAAAAUUUUGACUGGAUAUUUUUGUUAGGAACGUACUAUUUUGUAUUAUUGUUUGUCAUUCCCGUAUAGCAUGCAAAAUUUAUUUGAUGUAGUACGAUUAGCAUCUAAAAUGUGUUAAUAUUUUACAGGUAAAUAUUGUACCGAGACUUUCGAGUUUAACGUUUAACCGAAAUAAAUGUAAUGUAGAUUGCAUGGGAUAUUACUUUGGUGUUUUGUUUAAGGUGCAACAAUGUCCAGUAACGCCUGGUAGAUUACCUUUUCGUGGUGCUUUACUGACUUUAGGCUCUAUCACCGAAGCCUAGUCC